AUGGCUUUAUCAACCACAUGGGCAUGGCCUCAGUGCAAAUGUGUCCCUCGUCUUGCCCCACCCGUUACAGUCACGGUGUUUCCCCGCAAUGCCAAUGACAGGCGUCGAAUCAGGGCGACUGCGAGUAGCGCGGGGAAGAGCGGAAAGGGAAGCGCAGGGGGACGCGGAGGGGGAAGAGAGAGGAAAGGGGGGGAUGCGGAGUGGGUGACAGGGGGUUCGUGGUUUGAAUUUGAUACCGAUUCCCUCGCCGUGACGUCAGCUCCGCCCGACGAUGACGUCAACCUGACUGGCGAUGCCCCGGACGCGUCUCGGCCGUCGGAUCCGGAACUCAGCGCCAGUCCCUCUGCGGGGGAGGCGCGGGGCUCUGGGCGGCAAGAUCUGUCGGAUGCGGGAGGCUCAGCGACAACGUCGGCGGCUGGAGGGCGGCUGGGCGGCAGGCUGGGCGGACAGCGCGGCGGCAGGACCGGCGGGGACCGCGGCGCACGGGGCGGGGGGAGGAGCGGGAGCUUGAAAGACGCGGAGCUGGCGGAGAUAAUGGCGGCGGUCAGGCGCGCGGACGCGGGGGGAGGAGAGGGGGAGGGGGGGGAAGUGUGGGGGGGAGAUUUGGGGGCGAAUGGCGGAAGAGAUGGGGGGGUGGGGGACGUGGAGCGAGUGAGAGAGGUGCAUUUUAGUGGAUGCAUAAAUGAGUCUUAUGCUAUAAGCUACAGGCGGGGGGGAACGGAAGAGGAGAGGGGGGAUGGUGGAGAGAGGGGUGGGAAAGGGGGAGACGGAAACCUGAGGACCAUCUUUGUUAAAGUGAACAGGAGCUUCAGAGCGAGCGAAAUGUUCGAAGGGGAAGCACAGAUCCUGUCAGCAAUUGCAGCAACGGAAACCGUGCGAGUGCCUCGUCCAAUCGCAACAGGGGACUUUCGAACCCCCUCCUCCUCCUCUUCUCCCCCCUCGUCUGCCACUACUCCCAACAACGAGUCGCAUCGGGGAUCGUUCAUAAUCAUGGAGCAUUUACAGCUGCGCCCAUUCGCCAUGAUGGAUCCAGCCAAUCAGGAGCAGCUGGGCCGGUCGUUGGCACAGCUGCACCUCGUGUCAUCUUCCAUGCCUGGGGUCCAGUUCGGUUUCAACUCGCCCACACGCCUCGGCGUAAUGCCUCUAGUCAACGUCCCCCUCUCUUCCUCCUGGCCUGACUUCUUCCUCACCCACCGGUUACAAGACCGCCUCGACCGAGUUCUGGAUAGGUUUGGUGACGAGGCUUGGGAGCUUCGGGACAUUGUGCCAAGCCUGAUUGAGGCGGCCAAGCGGAUUCUGACAACCGAAGCUAUGGCGGAGGUUCGGCCGAGCCUGCUUCAUGGAGACCUCUGGGUGGGCAACGCGGGUGUGCUUCGGCCGGGCGAGGCGGUGACGUUUGACCCGGCAGGAUACUAUGGGCAUUCUGAGUUUGACCUGGCGUUCAGAGGCUGGAAGCCGGCUCCUGGCUUCCCUGGCUUCACUGAUGCUUUCUACAGCGCGUAUCACGAAGUGAUCCCCAAGGCGGCAGGCUUCGAGGAGCGGCAGUGCGUGUACCAGCUGUUUCAUCUUCUAAACCACGUGCUCAUAUAUGGUCGAGAGUACUUCCCUCAUGCCAUGCAGAUGGCAACUUGCAUUGUUCAAGGAGGGGCAAUGCUUGUUUCUCAAACAUCUUCUGUUCCUUCCUCCAUCUAUUCUUCCCCUCCUCCCUCAUUGCCCUGGGCAGAUGGUCGAGAGUACUUCCCUCAUGCCAUGCAGAUGGCAACUUGCGUUGUUCAAGGAGGGGCAAUGCUUGUUUCUCAAACAUCUUCUGUUCCUUCCUCCAUCUAUUCUUCCCCUCCUCCCUCAUUGCCCUGGGCAGAUGGUCGAGAGUACUUCCCUCAUGCCAUGCAGAUGGCAACUCGCGUUGUUCAAGGAGGGGCAAUGCUUGUUUCUCAAACAUCUUCUGUUCCUUCCUCCAUCUAUUCUUCCCCUCCUCCCUCAUUGCCCUGGGCAGAUGGUCGAGAGUACUUCCCUCAUGCCAUGCAGAUGGCAACUUGCAUUGUUCAAGGAGGGGCAAUGCUUGUUUCUCAAACAUCUUCUGUUCCUUCCUCCAUCUAUUCUUCCCCUCCUCCCUCAUUGCCCUGGGCAGAUGGUCGAGAGUACUUCCCUCAUGCCAUGCAGAUGGCAACUCGCGUUGUUCAAGGAGGGGCAAUGCUUGUUUCUCAAACAUCUUCUGUUCCUUCCUCCAUCUAUUCUUCCCCUCCUCCCUCAUUGCCCUGGGCAGAUGGUCGAGAGUACUUCCCUCAUGCCAUGCAGAUGGCAACUCGCGUUGUUCACCUAUCAAAACAGCUCUCUGUGUAA